AUACUGUAGCAGACCUUCUUCUUCGCCGCUCCUUUUUAAGGGCAUGCCAUAACUUCUUCUUCUUCUUAUUUUUUGGAAAGGUUCAAGUGGAACGCCGAGUCUCAUUUUUUAUUUAUUAUUGGACGUCGCUCAAUAACAUAUCACGGCGGGAGGCAGAGGAUAUGUGUCCAACAUUUCUUGGCCGCGAAUUAUAUAUAUUGACUCUUUCUCCAGAUUUACUAUUGAGCCUUUUAUCACGUGAACCUUUUUACGUAACACAACGUUUUUUUUUUCUUCUCUAAUGACGGGGUUUUUCGUUACAUUUAUUAUUACACGAAUAUUCGUUUCGCCUUCUUUGUCUGCUGCAAUGCCGCACGACCGGUAGUUUUUUUCUUUUUGGAAUAUAAAAGGAGGGGAGGUCGGUUCUUCUUUUUUUAUGGGCAACAAAAGUUUUUUUUUCUUUUUCUUUUUUUAAAUUUCCCGCAGUUAAAAACAAAACAGACGAUCGUCUCUUCAACGACUCUGGAGAGGUGAGCAGCAAUUUUUAUGUCCGCUAUUUCCUUUCGGUACCGUGUGUUCAUAAAAACAAACGGCAUGACUGUUGCUGCUUCGAAAUGAUGACAAUCUCACGGUAUUUAAAAAGAAAAGAGGAAUGUUUUUUUCAGUUUUUCUCUCUUAUUUAUUUGAAAGAAAUGAGUAUGUAAUGUAGACUAGAGCGCUACUGCUUCGUUUCUAUACUCCGACAAUUAUCUCUACACAUUAUUUUUCUUUACAGCAAAAAGAUUUUGUUUUACGAUGCAAUUGUUGUGUGUGGCAUAAUACACACAUCAGAGAGGGCUAAUAAUAAUAUUCCCGAUGAAAUUUCAUCGAAAAAUUGUGCACGUCAACGCCAUCUAGGAACAUUUGUCAAAAUCGACCGCUAGAUGUCGUCUCGUGUAAAUAUUGCAGCCAACAUGACACGUGUACAAAUUUAAAAAAAGCUGUGAUUUGGCAAAUUCAAUCUCGAGAUUGGGGCCUAAUUGGAUACCUUCGUCAUACUGUUAAUAACAGUUAACGAUGACAAAUGAGUGUUGCAUCCCACAUUGCAAAAACACACUAAAGAGUAAUCCGGAAAAGUACACAUUGUUUUGGGUCCCCAAGGAUAAUCACCAGCGUAAGAAAUGGGAAAACAUCUUGCCAAGGAAAGGCCCUUUGAAGCAGACACACAGAGUUUGCGCUUUGCACUUCCAAGAACAUGACAUAAUCAAAGGUAAAACAAUCGUCAUCAAUGGGAAAAAAGAUUUCUACCAGUAUCAUCCACUGCAAUGGAGACUGAGACAAGGGGCCCUUCCAAAAAUAUUCCCAGCCUCCAUCUUUGACGGCAUUUCCCAACGUUCGCCUCGAAGCUAUGCAAGUCCCCAACAACAAAAAUCGCCCCACACACCUGCAUCUACCGGUCGCAGGUCGACUAGAUCCAUGACCGACGAAGACUUUGCCUCCAAUCGUGCCAAAGUUUAUUCGUAUGAUUUCGAGAGCGACAGGGCCAGUGAAAUGUGCGACGACAUCGAAUUGGACCAUUCCUCAUCUUCAUCAGAUUAUUCCGACUGGACGGUCGAGAGUUCAGAGAGAAUGUGGACACCCAUCCCGGCUAAACGUGCUCGAAUUAGAAUAUCAAAUCCCGUGACGUUGAACAGCGGUUUAUAUCUGCCCGCCGAAGCGUUGCGUCCGUCCGAUCUCUUGACUUCGGUACACUCACGCAUAACUCCUUUCCAACCCCAAAUGGGCGACGAAGUCAUUUACUUUAGACAAGGUCAUGAACUUUACGUGGAUGCGGUUAAUCAGCACAAACAUUCCGACCUGCAUCUGCGUUCGCUUCCUUGGCUGAAUGAGCAGGAGUUGGUGAAAAUAAUCGGAAUCAAGUACGAUAUUAAACCACCAAACAGACUUUUCUGCUUGAAGCUUCGCCUUACGCCCGAUACCGAAUCCGGUCUAGAAACAAAGUCGGGAGUCUUGAAUGGCGGAUCGUUUACCGUCAAGUACCACAACGUCGACGGAGUUCCCGAUUUCUUGGUUCUCAAACAGUUUUACGAUUGGGCUAUUCGGCGUGACUGGCAGCCCGGUGAACGAUUCCGCAGCUACAGGAAUGACUCGUGGCGGGAAGGACAGAUUGAGAUGCGGGAACCUUUCAGCACGCACUGCCCAAAUUCCUUGUUUCUCUGCUACCGCAUCAGAUGGGAAAAUGGCGAAAUGGAACGCCUGAGUCCCUGGGAUUUGCACGAAACCACGAAGAAGCCAAGAGGGCGGCCUAGGUCCGUCAACAAAGUCAACAUGCCAGGAUCGAUCGACUGCCCCGACAGCGCCUCAUACAAACCUCAGAUCGUGGACUGGCCACCAGUAGGUGACAUGGACUUUGAGUGCGACCGCAUCUCGUCCGGAAUCAGCAAAAUCAUGAACCUGACGGCUGCCAAACCUUUCACUGCGCCCGUCAACCUUGAGGCCUACCCGCUUUACGUAUUUGUAGUUAAAUAUCCGCCGAUGGAUCUGUCGACGGUGAAGGCGAGACUGGACAACCGAUUUUAUCGGCGCCUGGCCGCCGUCCAGUACGACGUCCGCACCAUCUGCUCCAAUGCCUACAAAUUCAACGAACCAAAGUCGGACAUUGUCCGGAACGCGUCCAUCAUCUCUGACCUGUGUCUCGAAGUCAUCCGCAACCGCGAUUCCACCGACGCCAUCACUUCCGUCUACCAACAGCUCGUCGAAAAGUACAAAAGUCAAAACGAUGAAGUAAUCCUGGAAAACCCUGUCACAUCCGUCGCUAAAGAAUGCGAUCAACCUGCUCCUCCCACUCCUCGUUCCGCCAGUCGACUCAACUCGCCUCACUCACAGCCUACAGAAGAAAUCAACGGAGUCGUUACGGCUAAAUCAAAGGAGAAGAAAAUUUCUACCCCGAGACCGUACGGAAAUGCAACGCCCAGCUCCAACGAGAGAAGCCAGUCGACUGCACCACUCACCGCGACUGCUGCAAUGGAUUGUGCCAAUAAAUCCGAUAAUACGGUGGCGAUUUAUCCCAAAAAUUCUUGCGCUUGUGCCAUCGAUGUCCUUUUGGAAGAUAAAAUCCAACAUCUGAAUGAGAAGGAGCAGUUGGAAGUUGACAUCGAAAAUCGUUUCCGUACGCUGGUGACGACCAUCGAGUCUGAAUUGGUCAAAGAACGGAAUUUGCUAUCGGAGCAGAAGCAGAAAAUCGCCGCCCUUCGUGUCGCCAUGUCUCAGCAAACUCGCGACGAGACGUGCAGACCGGCGGACAGUCAAUGGCCGGAGAUAUUGAAAUUGACGCGUUUAGCCGAAGAAAGAGAAAAAGUUCACAGUCCACUUGUUCUGGUCGAAAACAAGAAAUUGACACAGGAAAUGGCCUUUUUGGAACAGCAAAUAGUGGUCAAGAAACUUCAAGUGGAACUGAAUUUAAUGGACGCCAAAGAGAACCCGCAACAGUUUCGUGCCAUUGAAAAGAAGCUGGAAGAGAGUAAACUGCAAGCCAAGCAGAUGGAAAACAAUCUGAAGCCAAUCAGCGACGAAUUACUGAGUUUAAAGCAAAGAGAAAAAGAUCUCGAUCGUCAAAUAAGUGAGCUGAAAGCCAAUUUCAACAACCUGUUGGCUACCAUGGAAGUGAUAGCGACUUCCAUACAAAAUCAAAUCUCCAACAUGGAUACGAAAAAGAGGGACAUUAUUUGUAAUCUCAAAGAGCGCAUUCAUGCCAGUAAGAUGCUGGAAAUGAAAUUAAUCAAAAUUGCUUAUCAAGAAGCCAUAGCCGACAGCCAUAAGAAAGCGGAAGAGAGGUUGAACAAAUUGGACCGACUUGCCGAAUCGGAUCCACUUGAACUCAACGAUGCCAUGGGAUGAUUACUCAGAAAUUGCCAUCUCAACGUGUUCCUACCUCGACUGUAUUAUGCAUUUUUUAGUGUUCAAAACCAGUGCAACUCAUUCUUUCUUUCCAGACCCAAAAGCCCCCAAACAAAAAAUAGGUGACAUUUUCCCCCAAUCCUUUUCCAUUCUUAAUGUUUUUGUUGGAAACGUUUAUAAUAUACUCUAAAAAUGUUUUACAUUAA